AUGGCUCAAUCUCCAGCCUCAUCGCCGACCAAGUCGGAGUCCGCCGCUCCACCGAGGAAGGCGUUGUCUCCGACGGCGACACCCGUUUCACCGGCGGUUUCUCCUUCUUCUACUGAAGAGUCACCAGCUGCUGUUCCCGCCGCCAUCACUCCCUCCUCCAUCUCUGGUCCACCAUCUGAAGCUCCAGGGCCGGCUGCCAACGGUGCCGUUUUGAACAGAGUCGCCGUCUCUGGAUCUGCUGCGAUCGUGAUUUUCGCUGCUGCUUUGCUCAUCAUUCUCGUCCUGACCCUUGUGGCAUUCUGCGCGCUCUCUGCCGUCGUCGCCCAAUCUCCGGCCCCGUCUCCUGUGGCUCAGUCACCGAAAUCUGCUCCGGCUCCAAGCUCUCCUCCGGCUCCCACUGCCCCGUCGACCGCGGCUCCUCCCUCGUCGAUCUCUUUCCCUCCGUCUGAGGCUCCUGAGCCGUCUGAGUCUGAACCGGCUGAUAAUGGUGCCGUCUCUAGUGGAUUUGCAGUGGCCGGAUCUGUCGCCGUCGGUGUUGUCGCCGCCGUGUUGAUCAUGUGA